AUUCAUCCGAGUUCAGCACUGCGCUAUACCGAUUCCACACCGGAAUUCAUUGUUUAUGAAUGCCAGGUGCAAACAUCAAUGAAUUUCGUGAUGAAUGUAUGCGCAGCAGAUCGCGCCUGGCUCAACGCCGUUGACGAAAACGUGCUGGAGGAGAAGAAAAAGGGCAAACUAGUGCCAUAUAAUAUUUGUUGUGGACCAACAGCUAAAAGAUGGAUUUCAAGUCAAAUGCCGUAUCUUCGAGAAGAGGUUGGUGAGGAAUGCUACCAAAUACAGAGCAUGGAUAAUCCAUACGAUAAGCUCCUAAUCUAUGUUUCAGUUAAAAAUUUGCCUAAAUUGGAGGCAUUCAUCAAACGAAUAUCUGAUGAGCAAUUGGGCCCGGUAUGUCGUCAAACCAAAGAAGUAGCAAUAACGCGUGCCGAUUAUUUGGUAAUUUUUUUUUGA